AUGGCGAACUCUGACACUUAUGUCUUAUACCAGUACACCCCUAGCUUGGUGGCUGCGAUCUUAUUGGCUGUGCUUUUUGGCUUGACAACAAUCUUUCAUCUAUACCAACGUAUCAAAACACACGCCCAAUACUUCAACCCUUUCAUUGUUGGAGGAAUCUUCGAAAUCAUUGGAUAUGGAGCUCGCGCAGUAUCUCAUUUCAGUGAAAACUCUACUAUCGCUUAUGCCAUGCAAAGUCUCUUCCUUCUUCUAGCGCCGAUUCUUUUUGCGGCCUCGAUUUACAGAGUCCUUGGGCGAGUCAUCACUUUCCUGCAUGGUGAACAUCUGAGUUAUGUCUCUGUCAGAUGGAUGACCAGAAUCUUUGUUGGAGGAGAUAUCUUAUCUUUCAUCAUUCAAGCUGCCGGUGGUGGUAUCAUGACUGGAAAAAGCGUCACUGAUGUCAAUAUCGGAUCCUGGAUCAUUGUCGGUGGUCUUUGUGUGCAGCUACUAUCCUUUGGAGCUUUCCUGAUCACUUCUCUCAUCUUCCACUGGAAGAUCAAUCAAAACCCUACUCCAGAGGGCGAGCAAUCAAAAAGAACCUGGCCAGCUAUCGUCCCACGCGACUGGAGAGGACUUCUCUUCGCAUGCUACUCUGUCAGCAUUCUGAUCCUUGUACGAUCAAUCUACCGUGUGGUUGAGUUUGCGCAGGGUAAUAAUGGGUACCUGAUCAGUCAUGAGGUCUUUUUAUACGUCUUUGAUGCUGCUCUGAUGUUCAUGGUCAUGAUCAUUAUGAAUGUACUGCAUCCAUCGGUUGUUUUGCAGAAAAAGAAGGUAUCGAACCAUGAACCAAAACCUGUGCGAUGGACAUCCGAUUCUGACAUGCAAUCACAGUCUCGGGAUGAAUCGUUUGAGGUCACGGCAGUCUGA